AUAUUUCAUGCAUAAUAAAUAUGAUAAAAUCUUAGUUUAGUAUUAGUUGAGUUAAAUGUGCACAAACAUUUUAUUUUUGGAUCUUUUAAAAACGAAUAAACAGUACAAUGGCUCCCAGGCACAUGCACUUGGCGUGCUUUCUGUUGCUAUUUGAAAGAUCUGCUUGUUAUGAAAACCUAUGCAGAAAACAAGGCAUAAAGGUAACUCAAAGCUCAGAAAGACCAGGCUUUUCUGCAACAAGAGCUGUGGACGGUUCUUACAGCCAAACUUAUUAUUCUUGUGCACAUACUGCGCUUUACCAAAAACAAGCUUGGUUCCAGGUGGAUCUAGGAAAGCACUACAAUCUGAAUUCUGUAAAAAUAUUUUACAGGAAUGAUUAUAACUGGAGACCUAACCGUUUUCGACAAUUCCACUUGGACGUAUCAAAUACUAGUAAAUCUGUAGGUUGUUCAACACCACAGAGUUUUCGAUGCUACAAGGACAAUAGUACACCACCAGCCACGCCCCCUGCUGUGAUUGACAUUCCUUGUAAACAGACAGCUCAAUACGUCAUCAUAGAAACCACAUACACUGCUCCUGAAAAUCCGAAGGAAGGAGCAGGACCUAUGCUAGAAAUCUGUGAAAUUGAUGUUUAUGGAUGCAGUACUGAAUGUUUAGGGAAAAUGUGCCAUUCCAAUGGCCAAUGCGACGCAUGUGAAGAAGGUCGCUGGGGGCGAUCGUGUCAAAACAACUGUCAGUCUCUAUGUAGUAAUAGAUCUUGUGACGCAAUAAACGGUACUUGUAAUCGUGGAUGUGAGCCUGGAUUUUGGGGAAGUACCUGCACCAACAAAUGUAGUGAUCAUUGUUUGAAUGACACUUGUGAUUAUUACAAUGGCACUUGCAUCAGUGGAUGCAAAAAAUCUUUUACAGGACCUAUGUGCAAAACGAUCAACCAGCCCUCAAAGGGAAGUAAUAACAUCACUGAGGUUUAUUCAGCUAUGUUUGGUGUUAUCACAUUUCUUUUUAUAAGUAUUUUGCUCAACAUAUUUUUUAUUGCGCGAAAUGCAAGAAAAAACACUUGUAGAAAACAAAGCUCGAAGCAGGUGAAUACGCUUCAGGAUUCAACGAAAGACCAAAACACGACCAUAAACUCAACAGGGUGUGACAAAAAGGAAAAUAAUACAGGAUAUCAAGAACUCGGGCCUUUUCAUUAUGACGAACUUCGGUAAAUGGAGGACCAGCAUUAACUGUGGCAGUAAAAACUGGUUUUAAAAUACUGGACAAGCUAAGAAUUUUAAAUUAAAAAGAAUGAAUUUAGUAUUUAGACACUUCUUCGCCUGCUCUGUAGAAAAUGUUAUGGUUCUAAGCAGUUACAUAACAGUGACCUUCAGCAAUUCAGGUCCCUUUUAGUCCCUGUUCACCGAACACAUUUCAGUUUUCUUUCAAUGACCUCUCAGUCGCUUUACAGUGAACUUUCACUCAUUCUUUAAC